AUGGCCGAUCCCAAAUACGACAAUCUCCCUGGCAUUGCAAAUGAUCAACCUGAUGUUUAUGAAACCGGCGAUUUGCCAGAGGCUGAUCAGCCGGAGCCUUAUGAAGAAGAGGAGAACGAUUGCAUUGAACAGCUCCAUCUCUCUGUAAAGGAUUCAUUUAAUAAAUUUAAGGGGAAGUUUCUGACUGGAAAUGUUGAUUUCUCUGAUCGUUUAAGCAGAAAAUCUAGAAUUGGAUAUAGAUCUGGUGAAUGGGAGUUGGCUCCUGAGGGUGAACCAGAAACAGCUUUAGAGAGGUAUAACCGUCUUCGUUGUGAAUUCUCAGAUCUGCUUGAGCAAGUGACUGAACAGCAAAAUAAAGCAAGUGAAAGUGUGAAGGAUGAACAUUCUAAACUAGCAGCUCAGAUAAUAACUACAAAGAAACUAUUGGAAGAACUCAAAUUAGAGGAGGGUGAACAAGUAGACCCUAAGGCUGAAAAGCUUAAAGAACUGUUAUCUGUAAACGGAAAGAAAAAAAAUGGUCAGCUUGUGACUGCACACCUUAAAUUGAAACCUGAAGUCAACUUGGCACAAACAGCAAGAAUUGCUCAGUUGGAACACAGAUUACACAAGUUGGAGCAAGUUGCCGGUGUUAGAGAUGAAGAAGCAUUCCGAAGGUUGCAAGCUGCUACUGGAGAGGCAACUCUAUGCGGUGCAGCUGCCUCGCUCGCGAACCAAGCGACCCUAUUACGGCCAGCUGAAUUAGCCGCGGCUGAAGCAAGAGUGACGUCUCUUCUCACCAAUGUCGAGGCCUUGAAAGCGGCCUGCAAACCAGCUGAUCCCGAACUAGAGGCUAAGGUUAAUGAAUUGCACAAACUAUUGAAGCAAAUAGAUGGCAUCUCACACUCAGAAAUCUUGGAAAGAAUGGAGGCUCUUGAAGCUCUACAUAAUCAAGCAAGCAACUUUGGCAAGUCGCUCACAGAAUUGGAAACCCUGCAGAGCACUAUCGCCAAUGGAGUCCAUAAUAACAAACAACUUCUGCAAGGAGUACAGGAAGUGUUUGCGCAUAAUAUCGACAGUCUUCAACAGGAAAUUAAGAAACUUGAUGAAAGAAUCGGCAAGCUUGCGGCGUGA